AUCAGCAGCUGGCUUCCGUUCCUGCAGUAAAAGAGCUCUCUCACCCGCACACGACCUCUCAAUCUCUUUCUUUCUUUCUUUUCUUCCAUCUCUCGUGAUCCAAACCCCUCCUCAAAACUUCUUUCAAACGACACAAUACGAUAAGAUGCCUCGCAUGGUAGCACCACCGCCCUCGGGCGAAUUCAACAUCACCUUGAUCCGUCCCUUCUCAGGUAAAGCAAUCAAUCCCCAAACCCACCAACCAUCCCUCUUACAAUCUCCAGGCCCCCCGGAAUCGCACAUCGAAAUCCUCGGCCAACCCAACCGCCCCGCCGUCGUGCGGCGAACAAACUACACCUCCGGCACCGCAACCAACGAAAAAGCAGGCGAUGUGCCCAAAGACGAUGUGGAAGAAUUGAUGUCCCUCGUGUCCGCCGUGCGCGGCUUCCCCAGCCACGAAACGAAAGAUGUGUUCGGCGAGGAUGCCAGGCUGGAAUUGACGACGUUUGACAUCCAGUGGGCGAAUGCUGAGGAGGGGGGUGCGGAGGGUGCGGAGGGUGUGGAGGGGGAGCAGAGGGAGGAGUUUGCGCGCGUGGUGCAGAGUAUUGAGGCGUUGGCGAGGGAGUUUGCGAAGAGGGAUGCGGCGGUUUAAGGGAUGUGAUGGGAUCGACGUCUGCGAGAGUAACUUGGGUACUAGCGGCUAUGCAUGUGGUUGGAGUGACCAUAACCUAGGGAUAAGCCUCGAGUCCAGUCUUUGUGAUCGAUGGCUCCCCGCUGUAGUGUCUUCCACCCUGACAGUCUCGCCCUUCUCCACGUCGCUGCCCGACCCAUCAUUUGCAGAGCUACCGACUUCCUUGCUUUCGGAGUGGGCAACGGGCUGGAUGCCGACUUCAGUCGUCGAGAACUUGUCGGCCGGGACGCGGUACGCGGGAUGAAGUUGACGGCAAGAGGGUAGGUCCACGCCGAGAGGAAGAAACACUGCCUCCAAGUCAGCACGUCACAGCAACACAAAAGCACCACGUUCCGCCAAUCACUUACCAGCGGUA